GGGAACCAACCCAAUAGGAGGCUUGUCCACAGAGAAGGAGAGAGGGAGGGAGAGAGAGGGGGAGAGAGAGGGAGGGGUAAGAGAAGGGUGGGAGAGACAAAAAGCAGAGACACAGAAAACUCUCGAUUUGAUAAAAGAGGGCAGGUACCAUUGGCAGGUAAGACAUUGUUUGUUGUUUCUUUUCUCCAGGGGGGGUGCUUAUAGAUGUGACACGCUCGAUAACAGCAUGUAAACAAAGCGAGGCCAGGAGAGAGUGUGUGUGUCUCAGAAUGUGUGAGGUGUGUGUGUGUGUAUGUGUGUGUGUGUGUGUGUGUGUGUGUGUGUGUGUGUGUGUGUGUUUGUGUGUAUGUGCGUGUCUUGGCAGAGAGGCGGACGUGAACAGAGCCUGACAGUGUGUGUUUCUAUAGAGACGCUGAAUAAGAGCGGUACUGAAAUCUCUUCCCAGAGAGUGAGCUUGUUCUAGAACGCUUGUUGCUUCUGGAAUGCUUGUUGCUUCUGCUAAAGUUCUCUCACAAAGCAGAUUCUAGAACACUGCUGCUCUGUGACAUUCAGACAAAUAGUGACACACCUAUCCAUUUCACCUUCGUUCAGCUAAUCAUGCUGAUUUCUUGUUUCAAGUUGAUGGAAGGGUAGUACUGGGUGGCUAAUGGACUGAACAGAAUGCGAAGUUGAUCUUUUUCACAGUCUGGCUUAUGGCUGGUGCAGGCGAGACUAUAUCACUCUACCAUCUACAGCGCUAUGCUUUACAUCACAUAGGGCUUGACAACUGUCCAGGUGUUCCUCAAGACGUAUGUCUGUCUCUCUGUGCUUCUGUCUGUCUGUGCUUCUGUCUGUCUGUCUGUCUGUCUGUCUGUCUGUCUGUCUGUCUGUCUGUCUGUCUGUCUGUCUGUCUGUCUGUCUGUCUGUCUGUCUGUCUGUCUGUCUGUCUGUCUGUCUGUCUGUCUGUCUGUCUGUCUGUCUGUCUGUCUGUCUGUCUGUCUGUCUGUCUGUCUCUAGGUGCUUCAGAGGACUGUUCUGCCACAUGUCACAUGUGUAGACUAGGUAUAGCUUCUAGGAUUGGCAGGUCACAAUUAUAUGCAGAUUAUUGUUGAUCAAUGUCUUCGAAAAUAGAGGAGGAGCUUUCUGAAAUCUCCAGAAACAUCUCAGGAACGUUCAUUCCUUCAUAAUGGGCUGUGGUCUGGUUCAGUUGGAUUGGAUCUCUGUGUUUCUACACAACAAUAAAACUCUGUCAUUCAUUAUUGACAAGAAUUCAGAACAUUGUGAAGAUGGAUCAUUGUUGUUCGAACAACAUGUAUUUGUUGUCUAAUACUUGCUAUAAAGCAUCUAUAUCAUUCUGCCAAAACAACUGAUAGUUUCUUAUUUGACAGCUGGCAAUAUUUCCUUAAAAAUGUGGGUCACCCAGAAGUUUAGACAGCCAGGCUAUACAUCUGCCUGCCAUCUCAAGCAGGCUUAACAGUGCAGACAGUCCAACGUUUUCCCUUGCUUGUCUGCAGACCCUGCUCUGUCUUUCUCAUUAUUUUCCAAAAGGGGCAUCACAGCCAGGCCAUCUUGGGAGGGAUCUAAAUCCUGCAGGGUUGUUGUGGUUAGGAAACAUGACUUUAUCUAUUUAUGACCGUUUUAAAUGCUUCAGGUGAGUCAAAGCCCAGUAAAGUUGACGUGUUACCAGUCACAUUUCUGACUCGCCUUUAGUUCUCCUCUCAAUAGAGUUGCCAACCCUUCUGUCCGGGAGAGCAGUAAAGCUUUUCCGGGAGAUUUUAUCGUGCCUCAAUGAAAUCCAUAAUGAAAAAGUUAAUAAAGCUGAAGGAUUCUUAUAAUCUUUCCAGGAUGAACUUGGAGCAAGUGGGCAACUCUAACACAAUUGUGACCCAGGUGUGCUGAACCCUGAAUAUUGGAGUGUUGUCUCUCUUGUUGACUUACAACCCUAACUCGCAGAUUAGCUGUGAAUAUGGUAUAGGUGAACUCCAGACUGUCAUCUCUCUCUUGUUGUCUAACAACAGCACUAACUCUCUGUACUGAAGUCCUGACGUCUCCAUGACGGCUGUUGGCAUUCUGGACUACUGAGAGAGGAAAAGUGAAAUUACACUCUGGCCUGAGUAGCCUUGCCAGGGAGCACGAUUAGUUUGAAAGGAAGGAAAGUUCAGAGCUGUUUUUCCUUGCCUGGACAUACUCAGUUCAAAUACUGUCAAUAAGCCUUUCUCACAACAAACAAAGCAUAGAAACACACAGUCAAUCCCACACUGUUGUAAGAUGCUGACCCAUAACACCUUGUCUUUUUGCCAGUAGUCACAGUUUCACAUAGAAAUCCCUGGGUCAGAAUCACAGUAACCAGAUGUAUCCUAGUGACCAGGAAAAUAGCUACAAACGAAUGACCCAUGACUGUUUUUCCUCUGUUAUGCAGUGGUCUUCUGGGUGUUCAGAGAGAGACAGAGAGAGAGAGUAGAGGAGAGAGAGGAGAGGACGAGAUCGAUUUUUUUUUUGUGGGGGGGGUGUUUGCUGGGUGGGGUUUUUUUUGGCUUCCCUUUUUUCUCUUUUAUUCUCUUCUCUCUUUCUCUUUUCUUUUGUCUUUUUUCUUCCAUUCGGUUUCCUUUCUCUCUCCUUUUCUUUCUUUUCUUUUUUUUCUCUCUUUCUUCUCUCUCCUUCUCUCUUUCUCUCUCCUCUCUCCUUUUCUCUCUUCCUCUCUUCUCUCUUUCUCUCCUUCUCUCCCCCCUCCUUUUCUUCCUUUUUUCUCCCUUUUCUUCUUUCUCUCUUCUUUCUUUUCCUUCGUCCCUUCUUAUAAGAAAAAUUUUUUUUAACCCCUUUCUCUUAUUGGAUUCCCUUUUUAAAAUUUUUUGGGUGCGUGGGGUUUUUUAAGCGAGAGCGAUGCCCGUUUCUUUCGCCUCCCUACCAUGCUUAUUGUUAGGGUUUGCCGUUUUCCCCUUCUCUGUCCCCCUUCUUUUCUUUUAUCCCUCCCUCCUUCCCUCUCCCUUUCCCCCCCACCUCUCGGCAUCCUUCCCCCAUCCCCCCUUUUUCCCCCUCCCUUUUUCCCCCCUGCCACCCACUGAGCUUUUCUUUUAGCUCCCUCUCUCUCUCUUUUCUCCUCUCUCCUCCUCCCUUCCUCUUCCCCUCUCCCCUUUUCUUUCUUUCACUUCUUUUUCUUCCUCUUUUCCCUCUUCUCUUUUCCUUCUCCUCUUCUUCCUUUUUCUUUCCCUUUUAUUUUUUCCCCUUUUUUCUCCCCCUUUUUACUUUCUUUUUCUCUUUUUUUAACAACCAACCCUUCCACCCCCCCUUUUCGACCACCCCCUUUUUCCCGCAAAUCCCCUUCUCUCUUCGCCCCGCUGCUUCGUUUUCCCGGGCCGUCCACUUAGGGGAAAAAAAUUCUGGCGAAACCAACACAAGAUGACCGGCGGGGAAAAACCUUGGGUGAGGCAACCUCACUGUUUUAAAAGUUGUUAGUAAGCACCCCGGAGAGUUCGGCAAUGUAUAAAGGGGUGGAGUCCCAGAAGAAACACCCUAUCUGGCUCCAGGCCCAGCCACUCCUGGGCAACAGCCCAUCCGGCAUCCAGCCCCUCUUUUCCCCCAUAGGAAGAAACCCCCCCGGACCAACACACACAAUGGAGGCUUUAUCCUUGAGCUCCCUCUCUACUUCUCUUUGUCUCUCCCACUCUCCUCCCUCUAACUCAACUCACCCCGCUCCCCUCCCUUUCUUUUUCUCCCCUCUCAAUCUCUUAUCCUCUCUCCCUCUUCCCCCCUCCCUCUCUAACUUCUCUCUUUGUACCCCUCUUCUCUUCCUCCUCUCACCUCUCUCUUCCCUCUUCCCUCCCUCGCCCUCUCCCUCUCGUCCCCCUCCCCAUACCUCCCCAUCCCACCUUUCUCACCAGCCCCCCUCCUUCUUCCCCUCUUAUAACAUUUGAAAGGAAAAGCUAAGCUUAAAUCCAGACAUGAAAUGAAAAACCAUGUCCUCAUUGGGGCCGCCUUUCCCUUCCCAGUCCUGCUGCCAAUGACUGGAACGAAUUGCAAAAAUCUCUGAAGCUGGAGACUCUUAUCUCCCUCACUAACUUUAAGCAUCAGUUGUCAGAGCACCUUACCGAUCACUGCACCUGUACACAGCCCAUCUGAAAUUAGCCCACCCAACUACCUCAUCCCUAUAUUGUUAUUUAUUUUGCUAUUUUGCACCCCAGUAUCUCUAUUUGCACAUAAUCUCUUGCACAUCUAGCAUUCCAGUGUUAAUACUAUUGUAAUUAUUUUGCACUAUAGCCUAUUUAUUGCCUUACCUCCAUAACUUGCUACAUUUGCACACACUGUAUAUAUAUUUUCUGUUGUAUUUUUGACUUUAUGUUUUUUACCCCAUAUGUAACUCUGUGUUGUUUUUAUCGCACUGCUUUGCUUUAUCUUGGCCAGGUCGCAGUUGUAAAUGAGAACUUGUUCUCAACUGGCUUACCUGGUUAAAUGAAGGUGAAAUAAAAAAAUAAAAUAAAAAAAAUGUCUGUGUCCUUCGCCUGCACAGGUCACUGCACUCAACUCAGCCUUCAUAUAAGCAGCUUACAAAACCCCUGCAAAAGGCUAGAGGAAAAUAUGACUAGUGGCUACUAGCAAGCAAUCCACCACUUGAUAACAUUUAGGGCAUAAUGAUGCCUUCAUAACUUAGAAGACCUACUGGUAGAUGCAUCACAAAUCAUUUAGAAACACAGUCAUACUGCAUAAAGGAUUAUCUCCUGAAAUCUGGUGCUUUACCAAAUGUCAAAUGUGGUAUAACCCUUUUCUUACCCCUUGUAUAGUAUUACAUUUUCUUACAUACAGUAUGUAUCUCUCUCCUCCACCCCCUCUCUCACGUUGUCUUUCUCUCCUCCUCAUCCGCUCUUUCCAUCCAGGACAAUGAAGACAGGUGUGGGAAUCUACACUGCCCUGGUGCUCUGUCUCCUGAUGGGGGCAGUGUUUUGCCAGAGACCAAGGCCUAAGAAACCUGCUAAGCCUCCAAAGCCCACCAAGCGCCCCUACUUCAAGCCUGCCCCACAACCUGAGGAACCAGAACCCCAGGAGCCCACAGACUUCCCCCCUCCCAUCCUUGGCCCCCCUUCCAUGUUCCCUGACUGUCCCCGGGAGUGUUUCUGCCCACCCUCCUUCCCCAAUGCCCUCUAUUGUGAGAACCGGAACCUACGUACGGUCCCUGUGAUCCCCUCGAGAGUACACUACCUGUACCUGCAGAACAACUACAUCUCCGAGGUAACGGCGGAACCCUUCAACAAUGCCACAGAGCUGAGAUGGGUCAACAUGGCCAACAACCGCAUCAAAAAAGUGGACAAGCAGGUGAGAGCUUUUUUCUUUAUAUUUCUUUAGUAUUUUAUUUAUUUAGUAAUGUAUUCAGCUAUUUUCAUGAAUAUUUCUUAAUAUUUUAUUUCGCUAUAUGUCUGUCUGUCCGUCUCGCGCUCUGUCUCUCUCUUUCAGACGUUUGAGAAGGUACCUGGUCUGUUGUUUCUCUACAUGGAGAGGAACCAGUUGAAGGAGGUUCCUAAUGACCUGCCAGCUGGGUUGGAGCAGCUCAGACUCAGCCACAACCAGAUCUCCAAGAUCCCCUCUGGAGCCUUCGGCAAGAUGGAGCACCUCUCUCUGCUCGACCUGCACCACAACAAGGUACACACACACAUCCAUGCAAGCAAGCAAGCACACACACACAUACAUACACACACAAAUGUGCAACCAAUCAAUCACACUCACACGCACAAAUCUGCAAACAUGCAUGCAUGCACGCAGAAACGUAUACAAACAAUCAUAUAUACACACACGCACACACACUGUGUAUUCUCUUUAUGUGUUCUCUGUUGUGUUUAGCUGAGUGACAGUGACAUGGGGAAGAACACGUUUAAAGACCUGAAGAACCUGGUUCAGCUGAACUUGGCCCAUAACAUCCUGAAGAAGAUGCCAGCUAACAUCCCCAAUGGCAUCACACAGCUAUUCCUGGACAGGAACAACAUUGACGACAUCCCUAAGUAAGCACACUCAGGCACGCACGCACGAGGCAGGCAUGCAAGCGUGCAUACUCACACACACGCUCACUCAUACACACACACGCAUGAUCUAUUGACUGAAACAUUGGUGUGACAUACAGUAAAUCAUUAAUGACAUUGUGCUGAACUCUCUAUCCUCGAUGCACCUGGAAUAUAUAUAUAUUUUUUCAACAACCUUGAUAAUACAUGAGGGUGCUACACUAAGAACCCUCUAUUAAACCCACUUGUCUUCCCCAUACAGGGACUACUUCCAAGGCUUCUCCAAACUGGCGUUUGUGAGGCUCAACUACAACCAGCUGAGUGAUAAGGGAAUCCCUAAGGCUGUGUUCAAUGUAUCCACUCUGCUAGACCUUCACCUGGCCCACAACCAGCUCACCUCUGUCCCCCUGUUCAACUCCCAGCUGGUGCACUUGCACCUCAACCACAACAGCAUCGAGAGUGAGUAGCUUAACAUUAGACUGAACUAAGGUCCGUAACAUGACCACAACACAACCACAACACCUUCGAGAGUAAGUAACACAACAUAUCAUGACCACAACUACAUCACAACCAUAACAGCAUUACUAAUGAGUAACACACAAUGGCAAUACAACCAUAAGUAGCUAACAUAACCACAACAGAAUUGAGUGAGUAACUUGUGCGUGUGUGUUGGCUAGGUAUUGCUCUGUUUCAGCAGCCAAGCUGUUUGGAGAAGGAGGUGCUUUGCUUUCUGUACCCUUGAGUGUCCAUGCAUACAAGGACCUUUGAAAUGUUUGGAUCCUUUUUUAAUGUCAAUUUGAUUGGUGGAUUCAAAUAAAGUAUUUAACUGUGUCAGGUAUUAACGGGACCCAGCUGUGUCCAUUCAGUCUGUCCUCUGAGAGUCUGACUGAUGAGGCUCUGAUUCCCAGACUCAGGUAAUAUAACUUCAUAUACACAACGCAAUAGGCAUGGUUGAUUAAUUGAUUGUGUCUUUGAUUGUUUAAUUGAAAUAUUGUUUAAUUGAUUGAUUGAUUUAAUGAUUGAUCGAUCAAUUGAUUGCUUGAUUGUUUGCUUGAUUUAUUGAUUUAUUGAUUAAUUGACACCCACCAGGUACCUGCGUCUGGAUGGGAACCACCUGAGUCCUCCUGUCCCUCUGGACGUCAUCAUGUGUUUCAGACACCUCACGUCCAUCGUUGUCUAGAACCAGGCCUGAAGUCAGGGGUUGCUUCAGCACACACACACAAAUACACACACACACACACAUACAUGCACACACACACACGCACACACACACACACAGU